AUGUACGCGAAGAUUGAGAGCGAACGACUACGAUACUUACGAUAUAAUCAACAAAAGCUGCGCGCGGAAGAGUACAUUUAUUUGCGAGACGCUAUCAACAACAACGCCGACGUCGCCGAAAUUGGUAACCAUGUCAUUUUACCAUCAUCGUACGUAGGCAGUCCACGUCAUAUGCAAGAAUAUAUACAGGAUGCUCUGACUUUCGUGCGCGAAUAUGGACGACCAUGUUUAUUUAUCACGUUCACAUGUAAUCCAAAAUGGCCAGAGAUUACAUCUUUGCUACUGCCUGGCCAAAAUGCAAUACAUCGCCAUGACAUUACAGCACGUGUGUUAAGACAAAAGUUGAAGUCUUUAAUAAGUUUCAUUACUAAAUCACAUGUAUUUGGUCCCACACGUUGCUGGAUGUAUUCGGUUGAGUGGCAAAAGCGAGGAUUACCUCAUGCACACAUUUUGGUUUGGUUCAUCGACAAAAUCCGUCCUGAAGAAAUCGAUAGUAUCAUGUCUGCGGAAAUUCCAGAUCCAUCCACUGACCAACUGCUGUUUGAUAUUGUUACAACAAACAUGAUUCAUGGUCCAUGUGGUACUCUUAAUAGUUCAUCGCCUUGCAUGGCUGAUGGAAAAUGUACUAAAAAUUUCCCUAAAGAUUUUACCAAUGAUACGGUCACAAAUGUCGACGGAUACCCAAUAUAUCGUCGAAGAAAUCCUGAAAAUGGCGGACAAUCAUUUAUUAAAAAUAUCAUCAACACAGACAUUGAUAUUGACAAUCGUUGGGUGGUGCCAUAUUCGCCUCUGCUGAGCAAGACAUAUGAUGCUCAUAUUAAUGUGGAGUUCUGCAGUUCUGUGAAGAGCAUCAAAUACAUUUGCAAGUAUGUCCAUAAAGGCAGUGAUAUGGCUGUGUUUAGAGUGGAAAAUACUAAUGUGAAUGCUCCUCCAGUGAAUAAAAACGAUGAAAUAACGCUCUACCAAAUUGGUCGGUACAUCAGCUUCUAUGAAGCUGCUUGGCGUAUCUUUGGUUUUCCAAUUCAUGAACGGGAUCCAGCAGUUGUUCAGUUAGCCAUCCAUCUUGAAAACGGUCAGCGUGUAUUUUUUACGAACGAGACAGCGAUUGAUCGUGCAAUAAAUCCACCUAAAACUACACUCACUGCAUUUUUUGAAUUGUGUAAUCGUGCGGAUGAUUUUGGUGCCUUUGCACGAACAUUUCUCUAUUCACAAGUACCACGCUAUUUCACAUGGACUCAAACAAAAACAUGGAUGCCCCGCAAGCAAGGCUCACCAGUUGCUGCAUGUCUCAAUUUAUUUAAAUCAAACGCCUUGGGGCGAUUAUUUACAGUCAAUCCAAGACACACGGAGUGCUUUUAUUUUCGACUGUUGUUGGUUAAUGUUACUGGCCCAUUAUCAUUUCAAGAUAUACGUAAAGUGAAUGGGCAACAAUAUCUAACGUAUAAAGAUGCAUGCCUUGCACUCGGCUUGCUGGAAGACGAUAACCAGUGGGAAUGCAUGCUUGCUGAAGCUGCAUUGAACUGUACAGCAAUACAAAUUCGUCUACUAUUCGCUAUAGUGUUGACUACAUGUUUCCCAGCCCGAGCACAGAUAUUAUGA